AUGGACGCAGAAGGCCUCCUCAAGAAGCAAGGCUGGCGCGGCCUCGGCCACUCGCUCGACUCGAACAACAAGGGCCUCCGCAAACCCCUCCUCGUCAGCAAAAAAGUCGACGUGCUAGGCAUAGGAAUCAACAAAGCCGAUGUGAUUCAAGGGCAGUGGUGGCUCAAAGCCUUCGACAGCAGUUUGAAAGAUUUCGGAACCGGCAAGAAGAGUAUACUGGCGAAUGUCAAGGAUCAUGGCAUCAAGAGGGGUGGCUUGUAUGGUCGAUUCGUGCAGGGAGAGGGUGUCGCUGGUACGAUAGGCGUGGUUGACCCCAAAAUUGCUGCGUUAGCAUCUGCUGCUGGUCCUGCUGUGGGUGUGAAGAGAAAGGCCGAGGAUGAUGAGGAUGAGGGCAAGACGGAAAAGAAGAAGGCGAAGAAGGACAAGAAAGAGAAGAAGCGAUCAAAAUCUGCAUCCGAAUCCUCU